AUCGCUGAGAACGCAAAACAGACGCACGGACGCACGGACGCACGCACAACCGCGCCAAGGCACACGGGGUGGGGCGCGCGCCACGAUUAGAGGGCAUAGCCGCCGUCGGGCAAACAUCACCACAAACCACCACCACCACUAAAUACCAUCAUCUCCAUCCUCCAUAUCCCAUCGCCCAUCACUCUCCAUCCGGCGGAACGGCGCAUUCGCCCGGCGUGCGUGAGACGCGUGCGUCCGUGCGCCCGUCACCAGGGACACGGCAGACAACAGCCGCGCGCUGGGAUUGUCAUCCGUGUCGCUCGGUUCGCCUCUCCUCCUCCCCCCUAUUCAUCCACCCACCCACCGCACUCGCCAACCCAGCCUCGGCUGCAGGCGAACUGUGGUGGCUGCGUAACCGUCAAGUGGCCCGGCAAGCGCAGUGAUUCAGGUCACACAAUGCUCUGCGGGGGAGUGGAGUGAAACAGCCGGCUCCUGCCGAUGGACAUUGGCGCCUCGGUGGCUCGGCAUCGCAUCGGGAAGGGGAAGUGAAGCUUCGUGCAACGACACAGCAUGGCGAGCCUACCGAGCAUUGCCCAGAUCACACCGAACCUCUACCUGAGCAAUGGGCGCUGCGCGUCCAACGCGAGUCUGCUGCGCGCGCGGGGCAUCACGUGCGUGGUGAACGCGUCGCUCGAGGUGGCGGACGCGCGCCUGCCCGGCGUGCGCUACGUGCGCGUGCCCGUGCCCGACUGCCCGCACGCGCCCAUCAGCCGCUACUUCGACCCGGUGGCGGAGCGCAUCGCGGGCGAGGCGAGGCGCGGCGGCCGCACGCUCGUGCACUGCGCGGCCGGCGUGAGCCGCUCCGCGUCGCUCUGCAUCGCCUACCUGAUGCGCGGCGAGGGCCUCGUGCUGCGAGACGCAUUCCGCUGGGUGCGGGCGCGCCGGCCCGCCGUGUGCCCCAACUCGGGCUUCUGGCGGCAGCUCAUCCGCUACGAGCGCGAACUGUUCGGCCGCUGCAGCGUACGGCUCGUGCACCUGCCCGCGGGCUGCGAGGCGGCAGACCUGUGCGGCAGGGGCGUCCAGCAGGUCAUUCGCCUGCAGGAGAUCUGAAGCGGCCCGUGCGUUCAGCCGGUCGGGUCGCGCGGUUCCGUUUGCCGUUGCGUGGCUGGAGGCGCGCAGGCAGAAGAGGCUUGCGAGGGUUGCGAGGUCGCAGCCUCUCCGCCGCUGUUUAGCCUUAUAUAGCGUAGAGACGUGAGUGCCGUCACUGAUCGUGCGCGCACGCACACACACCGUACGUGGCCCUGUGUUGGCCGAGGUUUAAUUUUUGAUUUAUGGGUCUAGACCCUUCCAGAGGUUGUGUUCAAGAUUAGACUGAUACUGUGUGGGGGCCCAAUAGAGAUGCUACCCUCCAACAAUGGAGAAUCAGGUUCGGCAAGUCGGAUGUUCCCCCCCCACCCACCCUGCUGAUCAUCAUUUUAGAUUUAGGGUGAGGUGUAGGUGUACUCAUAUACCGAGUUCUCACGCCUUCCAACAGGAUUUCGGAAUUGAAAUACAUUUUGACAGUUUUAAAAGAACAAAGUCACGUAAAACUGCAAGUCAGAGGCGUUGUGUGAUCUGCAUGGCUGGCGAGACGAUUGCUUUUGGGAGUCUGGAGAGAGGGUGGGGCUCUCCACUGAAGUCGAUGCCCACUUUAGAGUCAACAGUACAUACAAUUAUAAAACAGAAAAGGGUCUCUGUCGCCCGUCAAUAAAAAAAAUGUCGACGUCUUGGUCCUCUGAUGUAUAUUUGGGUUGUACCGCGCGCUGUUUUCAAGGAACUCUCCAAACCGAAUUCUCGUCCGUAAAAUAAGCUCGCAGCACGUGGAGCAAUACGUCGUGCGUAACGCCGGACAGCGCACGUUCCGACCCAAACAUGCAUCUCGGGGCUAGGCGGCAACAACGGCGAAAAACUUAGCGCCAGUCACCAUUUGGUUCAUCGGCCUAUUGGUCUUCGGGAUUAAAUAUUUUUCGAGAUGGAAUGUUUUCCACCAGUCAAACUCUGGACCAGGUUGGGACUUUCAGAGCCCCACUCGUAGAACCGUGGUCUGUUACGCAAGAGUUUGCCUGCUGAAAAACAUUCGUUGGGAGGUCGUCGUAGAAAUGGCGAACCAAAAUGCAAGUUUAUUUUUCUUGCCCGCGAAAGAGACCCAUGUGUGUUUAUUAUUUUACUACCCACACUCCACCAAGGUGGCAUGUAUAACAUAUUGUGUAUCAAUUUAUAGCUGCAUAAAAUGUAACGACACACUUUUACGGAAUAACUUACAACCUACAAAUAAAUGCUUCAUUGUAAAGCAUA